AUGCGCAUCCAUCUCUGGGCUCUGCUGUCGGCCGCGAGCCUUGCCACGGCAGGGAGCUCCCUCCCGCCUCGCAACUACUCCAGCCACGAUUAUUACGCCAUUCACAUAUCUCCUUCGACCUCCCCUGCAGAACUUGCAGCGCAUCUUGGCCUGACAUACGAGGGCCCGUUCGGCUCACUCGAAGAUCAUCAUGUCUUCAAAGCCCCGAAACACGACAACGACAUCGUAGACGACGCACGGCAGGAACUAAAGAGACGGCGGCGGAAACGAGAGGUUGGGUCGGAAUACCAUCCUUUGGACAGCGUCCGCUUCACUCAGAAGCAAAAGCUUAAGCCGCGGCACUGGAAGCGCAGUGUCAUACCUCCUCGAGCAGCGCCCUCGAUCAACGAUGCCAUCAGGGCGCAGCGGGAAUUCGCAAACCUCCUGCAAAUCAAGGAUCCCAUCUUCGAGGAGCAAUGGCAUCUCUUCAACGUAAAAACCCCUGGAAACGACAUCAACGUCACGGGCGUGUGGACGCAGGGCAUCACGGGCAAGAAUGUGACCGCUUGCGUAGUUGACGAUGGCUUGGAUUAUACUAGCAACGACUUGAAGGACAACUUCUUCGCCCAAGGUUCUCACGACUAUAACGACCACGAAGACCUACCGACCCCGAAACUCUCUGACGAUCGACACGGAACACGAUGCGCCGGCGAAAUCGCUGCAGGGAGGAACGAUGCCUGUGGCGUAGGGCUCGCCUACGACGCAAAGAUCUCUGGUGUUCGCAUUCUCUCGGGUGAUAUUACCGAUCUCGAUGAGGCACUCGCGAUAAACCACGAGAUGCAAGCGAAUGACAUUUACUCUUGCUCCUGGGGCCCUCCUGACGACGGAAAAACGAUGCAGGCACCCGGUAUUCUUAUUGAGAAGGCCAUGGUUACCGCUGUGCAGCAAGGCCGUGGUGGAAAGGGUUCCAUCUACGUUUUCGCGGCGGGCAACGGCGCUGCCAGCGACGACAACUGCAAUUUUGAUGGCUACACCAACAGUAUCUACAGUAUUACCGUCGGAGCGAUCGAUAUGAACAAUGCACAUCCAUACUACUCCGAGGCCUGUUCCGCGCAGCUGGUCGUUACCUACAGUAGCGGUGGCGGCGACUCUAUCCACACAACAGACGUCGGCACGAACAAGUGCACUGCCCAGCAUGGCGGUACAUCUGCUGCUGGACCAAUUGGUGUAGGAGUCUUUGCUCUAGCACUGUCGGCCCGUCCCGAGCUGACCUGGCGCGAUGUGCAAUGGAUUACCGUCAUGACAGCUAUUCCUUUCGAUACACCCAGCGACUGGACCAAGACAUCGCUCGGCCGCAUGUUCAGCCACCAGUUUGGUUAUGGAAAGCUCGAUGCAUGGGCGGUUGUGGAAAAGGCCAAGGAAUGGAAACUCGUCAAGCCUCAGGCCUGGUUCUACUCACCCUGGAUGCACGUCAAACAGAAAAUUCCCGAAGGCGACCAGGGUCUGGCCAGUUCCUUCGAGGUGACGGAAGAGAUGCUCAAGAAAGUCAACUUUGAACGUGUCGAGCAUAUUACGCUUACCAUGAACAUAGAGCAUGAGCGUCGCGGAGAUCUUAGUGUCGAACUUCGGUCACCGAGCGGCAUGGUUUCUCAUCUCUCAACCCCACGUCGCUCUGACGAGGCUCCGUAUGGCUACGUCGAUUGGACCUUCAUGUCAGUCGCCCACUGGGGUGAAAACGCUGUGGGCAACUGGACCGUCAUCGUCAAAGACAUAAUGCCAAACAAUCAAAAGACGGGCACUUUCACCGACUGGAAACUCCGUCUCUGGGGCGAAUGCAUCGACGCUUCCAAAGCCAAGCUCCGCCCCAUUCCCGACGAGCACGACGACGACGAUCACGACAAGAUUGACAACCACCCAGCCCAGACAACGAGUGUGGCUCUUCCAAGCAGCACUGCACCUACUAUGACCUCUCUUCCCUCCGACCACCCUGACCGUCCAAUUAACCAGAAACCCACUCAGACUAACAGUGUUGUGCUUAGUACCACCACAGCAUCUGCUACAUCAAGUCCAACAGCAUCUGGCACUCCACCGGAGAACUUCCUUCCCAACCCCUUCCCGUCCUUUGGUGUUUCCAAGCGCACUCAGAUCUGGAUCUACGGGGCCCUCGCUCUCAUCCUCGCCUUUAUUGCUGGUCUGGCAGCCUACUUCUUCAUCGCCAGACGUAAGCGUAUGAAGGAUUCGCGAGACGCAUAUGAGUUCGAGGUCCUGGAUGGCGACGAGGACCGCGACGACGCGGGUCUGCUUAGUGGCGCGGCCGCUGGUGGAAGGAAGAAGCGCGCCAAGAGGGGUGGUGAGCUAUAUGAUGCUUUUGCUGGCGAGUCGGAUGAGGAUCUGCUGAGUGAUGAUGAGGAUGAUGAGGGUCCGUAUAGGGAUCAGGAUAGGUUUAACGAAAAGUAUGCUCAGGAUGAGGAUGAAGAUGAGGAGAGUGAGGAUGAAGGCAGUGGUAGUGGGGCGAGUCUUGUGGAGAAGAGACAGUAG